UGCCUCAGUGCUUCGCCACAUAGCCCACCAUGGAGUCAACCUGCCAACACUUCUGAACCACUACAGGGCCGUCCAGCCCUCAGUGUGGCCUUUCAGCAGAUAACAGUGUGUGUGUGUGUGAGUGAGUGAGUGAGUGAAUGUGUGUGUGUGUGUGCUUGGAGCUACAAUGUGGCUCUAAAUAAGUAGGAUACGCCGAUUUUUUUCGAGGUCCCUUCCCUAGUUUUUGCGUGGCCAUGCCGCAAAACUGAGGGGGCGUUGAAGAUGCCCCCCGGGACGAGGACCUGACAUGUCUAACUGCUACCGUACUUUGUCGCAGCACCUCAAUGACCUGAAGAAGGAGAACUUCAGCCUCAAGCUCCGCAUCUACUUCCUGGAGGAGAGAAUUCAGCAGAAGUUCGAGGACAGCAGCGAUGAUGUCUACAGAACGAAUAUUGAAUUGAAGGUAGAGGUGGAGAGCUUGAAGCAGGAGUUACAAGAAAAACAACAGCUCCUUGACAAGGCUUUAACAAGAGCAGAGAGCCUGACCAAUCACAAUGAGGCUGAGGUGCAGCGACGAUGUGAUGAGCGGCAGCAGGAGAUUAACCACAUGCAGGAAGUACUGGAGACCAGGAGGCUGCUCCUGGAGGAGGAGGCCGAGCUAACGCGGGGUGAUGUGGACCGAAUGGCCACCCUGGGUGACACCUGCUCCCAGAAUGUAUGUGUCACCAUGGAGAUGGGUCCCAGUGAGCCAAUAGGAGAGGAGAGGGGCGUGGACCUGGAGCUGGUCAGCAUGCUGCCCGACAGAGAUAAAGACCGGGUGAUAGAGGAGCUGAGGCAGGCUCUCUGCAGUAAGGAGAGAAUGAUCGUGACGUUGACGGGGGAGAAGAAGGUCCUGGGCGAACGAGUGGAGCAACUGGAGGAACAGGUGCAAGACCUCGGCUCCUCCCUGCUGCAGAAGGAGACAGAUGCAGAGUAUUAUCAAGAAGAGUUGGGUCGAGAGAGACUACGUAUACAGCAAGAGAUGCAGAGCCUGGUUGAGGAGCAGCAGUCCCAGCUGAACCAGUAUGAGUGUGCCGCAGGGCAGUGUGUGAGUGAGCUACAGAAGGCCCAGCUCCAGGUCCAGUCACUGCAAGCCAAGAUCCACGAGAGCGAGGCCAACAACAAGAAUCUCCAAGAGAAGCUGAGUGAAAUGGAGUGUGAGCUGCGUCUCAUCAGGCAGGCCGCUCAGGCUCAGGAGCGCACAAUCCAAGGCCUCAAUGAGUCCAUCUCCACCAAGGAUAACGAGGCCCAAGAGUUAUACCAGCUAAUUGAAGGGCAGAACGCUACACUCUGCAAGUUGAGAGAGAUGGCCCACCGCAACCAAAUUCAGCAGACGGGCGAGGGCGGUGGAGGGGCGGCCGGUGUGUCCCAGCUGCAGUCGGAGCUGGUGGGGCUGCAGAGCUCCCUGUUCACAGUGCAGCUGGAGCUGGAGGCCAGCCAGCGGGCCCAGAGGCAGAGCCAGAGGCAGGCGGACGACCAGAGCCGCACAGCUCAGCGCCUCCAAGGAGACCUACAGGAGGCUCUGCAGUACAGGGAGGCCACAGAGAAACAUAACCAGGACCUCCGUGGUGCCCUACAUCAGGCCCGCUCGGAGCUGCAGGAGAGGGAAGGCCAGCUACGAGACAUGGAGGCCCGGAGGAGCUCGGAGCUUCAGGACCGCGACAAGAGCAUCACACAGCUACGCGUGUCCCUUCAAGACAAAGACAGACUACUGCAGGAGUACGGUGAGCUUCUGGAGCCUCCGGCAGAGUCUGCUCGACCCCGAGACGUCCUGCUGGACAAGCUGAGGAGCCGCAUUAGAGACCGGGACAAAGCACUAGAGCGCUCAAUAGACGAGAAGUUCCGCUGCCUGGAGGAGAAGGAGGAGGAGGUGCGGAGGCUUCACCAGGCCAUCAGGGAGAAGGAGAGAGACCUGGAACGGCUGCGCACAAUAUUGGCCAACAACGAGGAGACCAUCACAAGCCUGGAUGCGCUGGUGCGUGGUAAGGACCUGGAGCUUCAGUGUGUGAAGGAGAGCAGCCGGAAGCUGCAGGGUCUGCGGCAGGAGAGCGAGGAGAAGCACACGCUCAGCCUGAGGGAGAGGGACACCCUCAUCAACCAGCUGCAGACCGCUCUGCACACACACAGCAAGGAGACAGAGGAGCUGAGGGCCACCUUGCUGUCGAAGGUGUGUGUGAGCCCCUCGGAGGCGGUGGAGGAGCUGAGGGCCCGACUGCAGCUGAAGGAGCGUCUGCUGCAGGAGCUCCUCUCGGACCGCACGCGCCAGGCCCAGGAGCACCACGCACACAUCCAGGACCUGCUGAACACCAUCAGCACCCGCGACCAGCAGAUAGAGGAUUGCACAGAGCGGCUGCGGCAGGUUAUUGGCGAGCAGACGGGGCAAGUGAAAGAGUUGCGCCAGCAGCUGUUGUCAAGGGAGCGUGAGCUGGGUGAUGUGGGCCGAGAGAGGGAGAAGGAGAGGGAGAGCGCAGAGCCGGUCGCCAGAGAGCUGGAGAGGGUACAGAACCUUCUCAAGGAGAAAGAGGCCUUCAUUCAGGAGCUGAUGCAGGGUCAGGAGGACUCUGUGGCAAACAGCAGAAGCACGGAGGAGCAGCAUGAAAACAGAGCACUUAAAGAUGAGUUACAGAUGGCCGUCAAGAAGCUUCGAGAAAACCAGCUGGAGCUUACUGCAUUGAGAUCAUCAUUGGCCUCCAAGCAGGACCCGUCUGGUGCCAGCCUCCAGACUUUCCUUGAGCAGCUGGUCUCUGACCAUGGCAGGCUGAAUGAGACGUUGAGAGCCGAAAAGAAGCUUUGUCAGAAUCUGGUCAAGCUGCAGAGUUGCAAAGACAGUGCCGAGAGGCUUCGGGCUCUGCACACUGAGCUGGAUUCUGUUCAGGCACUGAGGGGACAGCUGGAGGAGGUCCUGAUGAGGAGCCGGGAGGCCGUCCUGGUGCUGGAGAAAGCCACCAAGACAAAAGCUGACUUUGGAGAACUCAGCACAGAGGAGGAGGAUACUGGUGAUGAAGAUGAGGAUCAGAGAGGAAAUGGCAGCAGUGAUGAAUUCACAGACAGCAUAGAGGACGAGGAUGUCAAAUUGACCGCUCAGAGUCUGGCCAUCACACAGAAUGUUGGCAUGUCUGGAGGGCAGGGCAGCGUGGGGCCUUCCCAGAGUGCCGCGGUGGGCCGGUGGAAGGACGAGGUGCAGCAGCUGCUGGAGCAGAAGAAGACAGUGGAGGUGGAGCUGGCAGAGCUCAAACACCAGCUGAGGAAGGCUGGCUACAAGUCUCUGGCCCAGAUGAGGUCUGCUCUGCUGCAACUGCAAGCUCAGAACGAUGCCUUGAAGGAGCGAUGCGGAGCCGGACCUGGAGCGAAGGCGGGAGCAGGCGCAGGAGGAUCAGUCACGUGCAGAGGGUGGGAGCAGAGUGACUCCGAGGAGGAGGAAGAGGAGGAGGAGGAGGAGGAGGAGGCCAUGAGGAGCCAUGAGGAGCACCAUGUAUUUUACAGAGAAGAGGUGGCACAGGGGGACAGUGAGCAGGAGGCGGAGGAUUCAGAGGAGGAGGAGGAGGAGGAGGAGGAGGAGAUGGAGGAGAUGGAUGGCAUGGGUACCCCGAAGGGUAAACGUGGCCCUCCCACAGUGAAGCUGAGGGAGCGGCAAGGGAAGAGGAGGUGCACCAGACCUCACUCACUGGACCUCGGCACCCUCUUGUCUCAUCGCCCAACUAAGGAGCACACAGCAGAGGGUGACGGCGACGGUGGCGGUGCGGAUGAGCGCGGUGGUGACGUUGGCGGAGGGUUCUGGCAGCAUGUGGAGGCAGGUCUGCGGGAGCAGGCGGAGCGGCUGCGGUCUGAUCUGGCCCUCAGCCGCCAGGAGAACAGAGAGCUGCAGGAGAGGCUCAUGGUGUCUGAGGCCACCGUGCACGCUCAGGCCGACCAGCUGAAAGACUACAGGGAGCUGCUCACGGAGACGUCAGUGCAGCAGGACAGUAAGCUGGUGCAGGUGGACCUGCAGGAUCUGGGCUACGAGACGAGCGGUCGCAGUGAGAAUGAGGCGGAGCGAGAGGACGCCAGCAGCCCAGAGUUUGAUGACCUGGAGAUGUGCACAUCUCUCUCUCGGGGCACAGACUACGGGUACGAACUGAAGGAGCCCGGGGAGGAGGAGGAAGAGCUCUCCUUGAAGCCCAUGGUGCAGGACCUGCGCUCCCAGCUAUCACGCUGCCACCGCGUCAUCCGCAGCCUGCAGCUGCGCGUGCGCUCCCUCUCCACCACCUCCGACUACGCCUCCAGCCUGGAGCGCACGCCGCGCAAGGUCAACUGGGCCUUCCAGCCCUCGCCGGCGCACAGCGGCCUGGAGGAAGACGAGGGCUGGCAGUCGGACGGGCCGCGGCCGCAGCCCAGCCGCGAGCUGAAGGAGCUGGUGACCCGGGUGGCCUCCCUGGAGAACCAGCUCAAGGCCUGCCGCAUGGAGGGGGCCGGGCCGGGGGAGGACGGGAGGUGCGCCACAUGGCCAGGGAAGUACAACACCCUGAUUCAGGCGCAGGCCCGCGAGCUGUCCCACCUGCGGCAGCGCAUGAGAGAGGGCCGGGGCAUCUGCCACAUCCUGACGCAGCACCUGGGCGACACCACCAAGGCCUUCGAGGAGCUGCUGAGGGCCAACGACAUCGACUACUACAUGGGCCAGAGCUUCAGAGAGCAGCUCUCCCAGAGCACCAGCCUCGCCCAGCGAGUCAGCACCAAGAUCAGUGGCCGUGAUCGAUCAGAGAUGCACGAUGACAAGACAGGCCAUGAGCUUCUUGCUUUACGGUUGAGUAAAGAGCUCCAGCAGAAGGACAAGAUCAUAGAGUCCCUUCACACCAAGCUGCAACAGCGUCCAGACACCCCCUCCAGCUGCCGUGCUCUCUCCGAGACCACUGACCAAUCAGACAGGACCUCGUUUGUGUCUGAUGAGCGCGGCUCCACCAACGAGGAGCUGGAGCUCUGCUCAGAUAUGGACGGCGGGAGCGAGUAUGCCCUGGAGGGACAGGCAGACAGGACAUGCCCCCUGAAAAGUGCCACAGAGCGUCCCUCAUCCCUCCCCCUGCAUAAGAGCCCCAGCACCCCUGUCAUGCCUGCAGAUCGGCAGGUUCAGACAGAAUUCUAUCCCACUCCACAGUUCAGUUCUGUCCCGAAUCCAAAAGGCCUCUACUUCCCUCAGGGUGUGAACUCUGUGCCCAUGCCCAGAGCACAAUCAGCUGCCGAGUUGCACCAGUACCCACAGGCGCUGUGGGCAGGAACUGGCUUCAUGGUGCCCCACGCCAAAGCCUUGUCCAGCUACUCCCUGGCUGGCCACCCCAACGCCAAUCCCAACGCGUUCGGCCUACUGUCCCACCCCACUGCCCAGCAGCCCCAUCCGGGCUACACCAGGGCCUCCAACCCCAAGAUCAAUGUCAGCGCGGGGGACAGCAGUGCCCUCUGGGACAUGGACAACAUGAUGCAGCCAAUGAGAGGGUUCUCUGGGUCAUCAGAGUUCCAAUCAGGAGGAAGCCACACAGGUGCAGAGCUGAUCGAGGAGCACCUGAGGGAGAUCAGGAGCCUUCGCCAGCGCCUGGAGGAGUCCAUCAGAGCCAACGAGCGCCUCAGGCAGCAGCUGGAGGACAGACUGACAGGGGGCCAGGGAGGAGCCCCGACUAACAUCUACAUCCAGGGGUUGGACUCAGUCUCUCAACUGUCCAAUGAAAUCAGGGCUCUGAAGGAGGAGAACGUGGGCCUGAAGACCAGACUGCAGAGUAGCAGAGACAGCAGUGAGGAGGUGUUGUGUGGGCGUGUGCGUCUGCAGCAGGCGGAGCUGGAGGCGGGCCAGUGGAAGGAGGAGCUUCGGCGGCUGCAGACACACAGCUGUGAGCAGAGCCAGCAGAUCCAGCAGCUGAGGCAGGAGAGACAGAGCAGCCAGGAGCUCACCAACAGGUUGCAACAUGAAGUGGGCCUGCUCCAGCAGCAGCUGGGUGAGAGUCGUCAGCUGCUGCACUCCCUCCAGUGUGAGCUGCAGGUGUACGACCGCGUGUGUGCCAACAGCAAGACUGCCUCCUCAGGAUACCUGCGUGAGGUGAAGUGCCCCGGCUCCGGCUCCGGCUCCGGCUCCGGCUCGGGGGUGCCUGCGGUGGAGCUGGCUGAGCUGCUGGUGGAGGUGCGAGGGCUGCGGGCGCAGCUGGAGCACAGCGUGCAGGAGAACAGCGCCCUCCGCUGCCAGCUGCAGAAACAGCUCGAGCAGCAGCUGGCCGGCCGCGUGGCGCAGAGCGAGCCCCGGGCCUCCUGCCUCAUCCCCGCCAGCCCGCUGAGGGAGAGCAUGUACCGCCGCCAGCUACUGCACGACCCGGCUCCGUCUCCCCCCGUGAGGGACACCGGCCUCUUCCCUACUGGGACCUCCUUCACCCCCUACACGGAACUGGAGGAUGUCCCCAUCACGACCAGCGACUCCCUGGAGCCCCAUGCUGACCUGGAGGGAGAGGCUCCCGACGGCUCCUUCGCCAACCGUAACGGGCGACACGCCAUUGGGCACGUGGACGACUACAACGCCCUGCAGCAGCAGAUGCUGGAGGGCAAGAGCCUGGUGCAGAGGAUGGAGGCGGCGCUGCAGGCCAGCCUCAACAUAGCCCUGCUGGAGGCCAGCACCGGCAAGGCUCUGGACUACGGCAGUGUGAAAAGCCUCCUGUCUGAUGUGAAGACCCUGCGUCAAAUCCUGGAGGAGGCCAGCUCUCUGCUCAAGAUGUUCUGGAGAGCUGCCCUUCCCAACAACGAGGGCAGCAGCCUGCAGCUGCAGAAGGAGCAGACCCUGAAGGAGGAGAUCCACUCCUUGAGGCUGCGCAUUUCUGAACAGGAGGAUGUCCUGCAGGGCACCAUUCAGAGGCUGAGGAGCACCAACCGCACCAAGGAGAGCAUGGAGCACUUCAUUGUCAGCCAGCUGUCAAGGACACGUGAUGUGCUCAAAAAAGCCAGGAGUAAUUUAGAGAAGAACGAGCUCAGGAUUUCCUCCCUAAGCUCCUCCUCCUCCUCUUCCUCCCUUUGCCAUGCUAAAGUCCCAAAAGGUGCCUACGAGGGGCGUCCUGAUCGCGCUGUCCUGAGUACCUCAGAGGUCACCGCCAUGGCAGCCAAUCAGCGCUCCGCCAAGAAGCGUGGGAGAGAGUGCCUACUACAACCCGUCUCAUGUUAAAACCAGCAAGAAAACCCACCACACCUUGUGACUUCCAGCCUUAAACCUCUAUAAUCCUGCCCUCUCCUUUGGCCCUUUUCAUUUUCCUCUUCUCUGUACUCUUCCUCUAAGCCCAUCUUUUUUCUCUCUCCUAACUUCAUAAACCUUUUGGAAGAUACUUAUGAUUGCCUUGCUAAUAUGAGAUAUAAAGAUUUAUCUUGUAAGGGUUGGUGUGCGUCCCAGCUGCCAUAGAAUGUGUUCUUGUACCUGGCAGCUCAUGGGCGGUUUGAUGUAGAUGCAUGUUUCUCCACUGUUUGUGAAAAUGACACAUGCACACACACACACUCAUUAAGAAUGUGCACUUUGCGCGUACACACGACAAUUUUCAAAGUCAUGCGAUUCCGCUGCCGUGACACAUGAUAAACCGACGUUCUUGUUACCGUCUGAAGACAGCUUUGCAACCACACGUUACUGCCCUCGAAUCCCUUGGGAAAAACCUCAGGGGUCUUAGGCAUUACAUUUUGCUGACACCGAACCUACACCUCUCUUUGUGACUGCUCAAUCGGUCUGAAGACCAAGUAACAAGGGCAUCUGAGGUCACGUGGACAUUCAGUGUGCCCUGGGCCCUCCAGCUUGAGCCGUCUGAGCAUGUGCAAUAAGGAGUGAUGUUCACUGAAUGCAUUUGUGCCAGCUAUCCCUUUUGCCUGACACUGGAGCGAAGGUGUCUUUUCUGUCGGAGCUAAGAGACCGUCAGUGCAAUACUAUUCUUACUAUUUAAUGUUGCAGUACUACUAACUGAAUUAUUAAGUACUUUAUGCAGUUCUGCAUGCGGGAGAGGUAGAAAAAAAAAGGAAAGUGACACCACGUGUGUGUAAUGGGAAACACCAACCUUUGCCAAAGUUUGAACUCCUAAUUUCCUUUGUUUUUGCCUUAUCCAUGUGAAUCAUUGUCAUUUACUGUGACCAGUUGGGAAGUUGGUUGCAAUUGGCUAAAUGUAAACUUAAGACUGCUAAGAAGGAAUUGAAUUAGUGUUGGAGAGCAGUUUGAACCACAGAGGCAGUAGCUGUUCAAGGAUUUUGACUAUUUUCUGCAUGCCAUUUUUUGGCAUGCAACUCGUCUUGGUAAAUGGACCAAAUCUAAAUUGAUCUAAAAUAUAUUUCAAAUAAUAUUUUAAAACUAUGUUUUGUUCCUUCAUCUGCGGCCAUAAAAGAAUACAUUUUAAAUCUGAAUCACUGUCAUUAGACAUUUGCUACUUUGUUUCAUUUUGGUUCAGAUUGCCAUGACAUUCCCAUUGCAUCGACCAUUGCAAUAGAUGUUAUCUCCAUGGUUACAAACUUUGGCAGGCCACUGGUGGGACCAUAACAUUACUGAUGUCGUUAUCAGAAAACGUAGAGAUCACAACUUUAGAGCUGCUUUGUAAACUCUUGCUGUAAAUGUUGCUUUUGUAAAUAGCUUUUUAUUUGUUUUGCUCUACUAUUUGACAUUUCGUUUUGCUCUACUGUUUGACAUUUGCUAUACAUGCAAAGUUAAACAUAUAUCGGGGUAGCUGUGCAAUAGCCUAUAGUUUAUCCUAUUACUGAUGCCCAAGCAUCAUUUUUAUUAUUAGGAGCGAUAGCUGUGAGUGCACUGUGUGAGUAUUUAUUGUGUUUCUGCUGAGAGUUGUAUUAUUUUGGUCAAGCUGGCUUUAUAAUAGCGAAGUCCUUCGUAUAUAGUUGCCUUGGUCCUGAUGCCUCAGGGGCCUACGAUUUAAGAUUAGUAUUAAUUAAACUAGAAUCAAUUUGUUUGCCUUUUAGGUAAAACAAUAUUACUCGCAUUUUCGCUCUGUCAAAGUCAUGUACAAUCUUGAAUUUCUAAUUGCUAGUUGGCCUAAACCUUUCCAGGCUAGAGGUAAGGCCUUGUUUGCGCUCUGUGUUUGCAAAACCAGAGAGGAUUGCCAAAUCAACUGAAGUAUGUGUUCUAAAAACUGGUUAAGUUAUUGGUCUCAGAUAGAGAUGUAUAGUACCAAAGCCUAAAUCAACAAUCUGAUCAAUUUUUAGUGGUGGAAAACGAGCGGAAACAAUGCCUCCACCUGAGUCAUUUGGCGUUGUUGUGAUCAUGGAGGUUUGAGAUAUGUGUAUUAUGUGUAAAUAAUGUUUGAGAGUGCCCUAUCGCUAAUGGUCAAGGAUGUACUGCUGUGCUGAUAUAUUGGAAUGCUGAUGCAGGCCCAGUUGCCUGUGUACUGCAACGUCAUGAAGAGCUAGAUGUGAAUAAACACAAAUGCAAAGCA